UGGCCAUAGUUCCUCCAGUAGUGAGUGUGACAAUUGAUGUUCCUCCUGUCACUGGGAAGAAUGAGGUUGUCUUGGCAACCUGUAUGGCUGCUGGUGCCAAGCCACAGGCAGAUGUGACGUGGAAGUCAGGUACAUUUGGCAGUUUGUUGAGGACAGUGACUAACUUCACACAGCACACCAAUGGAACCACCACAGUACUCAGCCACCUGCUCGGGUUGCCAACCAAAGCAGCCAAUCAGCAGCAGGUCCAGUGUGUGGUCAACCAGUCUGCCCUGGCAACAGAAAGGAGCUACAACUACAACUUAGACAUCCACUAUCCACCUCAGACUGUGAUCAUCACACUUAGUGAGGCCUCUAAAACCACAGUCUUCCUAUGUGUAGCAGAUUGCAACCCACAACCCAGCUACACCUGGAGCAGAGUGGUCCAGCCAUGGCCUGAGUCUUCAGUGAAAGCUGAGGGAGACAUACUGCAAUUCCUCAGUCUCAGCCCUGAGUUGAAUGGUCUUUAUGUCUGUGAGACCUCCAACUCCUACGGACGAGCAACUGGCUCCCUCUAUGUACACACAUCCUCUGAGACCUCUGCUGCCUGUUGGGUUCUACUCGUUGUCAUUCUCUGUCUGAUUGUUGCUGCGGCUGCACUCAUAUGGUACCGGUGCAAAUACAGACAGUUUCCUUGGAGUCCAAUCAUAGCCAAUCAACAGUUCCAGGCACCACCACAGGUUGAGGAAGAUGAACCUGGGACGUCUGGGUUCUGACACUCCAAGCCAGGAAGGCGGAUAAGGGAGAAGUAACGUGAUAAAUCACCGGACAGGCUGAGGACAGAUGCCAGAAGAAUCGCAGACAUGUACUGUGUGGGGGAAGAAUUCCAGUCUGCACAUUCUCCAACGCUACAACCAUUUGCAAAGAACAGGCACGUUCUACAACUUUAAAAUAUACAUUCAACCUUUAUUUAACUAGGCAAGUCACUUAAGGACAAAUUCUUAUUUACAAUGACGGCCUACACCGGCCAAACUCGGACAACGCUGGGCCAAUUGUGCAAUGCCCUAUUGGACUCCCAAUCACAGCCGGUUGUGAUACAGUCUGGAUUCAAACCAGGUUGUCUGUAGUGACCUCUCUAGCACUGAGGUGCAGUGUCUUAGACCACUGCACCACUUGAGAGCCUAAUGAACAGGGACCCUAUGCAGGAUUCUCUGUGACAUUAGAAACCUCAGCUUGGCCCCUCCUCCACCACAGCAUUAAAUAGUGCUGGUCCUCUUUCAGUUUUUUGUUCCCCUCUCAUGAACUCCGACUUGCCGUGGUGGAGGGGCAUUGUUGCUUCAGCGGCAACAAUAGCUCUCCUGUAUGUAAUUAUAUAUGAAUGGUGCAUGUUGAAGCCAACUAAUGGGAGGCCAGGUACAGUGGGGCAAAAAAGUAUUUUGUCAGCCACCAGUUGUGCAAGUUCUCCCACUUAAAAAUAUGAGAGAGGCCUGUAAUUUUCAUCAUAGCUACACUUCAACUAUGACACACAUACUGAUUGGUUGGAUGCUAAUUAAUCCUAUGCUAUUCCGAGUGGGACAUGCAUUUCAUUCUUCAGUGAAAUUUAAAAUGAUCCAAUAUCUCUAGUGACCAGGCACUGCAGUGAACAGUAGCUGUUUGACCACUCAAAAAAGGAGAAGAAGAAGGAAGAAGAGGGAAGUCAGUGAAAACUACAGUGUGGUUGCAACCACCAAACUUGCAUCAGAGAUAAAGAAUGAUAUUUAGAAUGUCUGUUAGACAGUUAGCAGUUGUUUCCUUCCUGAGAAUAUAUGUUUUAACUACUCAUUAGUUUCAGUGCUUUUGAACAUAUUGUAAACUGUUAAAAAUCAUUCAGAAGUUUGUGACUGAGUCUACCUAUUAUUAUAGUAUUAUUGUAUUAUUAUUAUCAUUAUUAUUAUUCUAUAUUAUUAUAAUUAUAUUUUUACGUGUUGUGUGCAGUAUGUAAAGAAUUGCUACUUUAUAAUAUUUUUUAUUUAACCUUUAUUUAGCCAGAAAGUCCCAUUUGGGGCCAGAAAAGGGAGACCUGGCCAGAAGGCUAGCAGAAAAUACAAAAGAACACAUAGAAUUCAAAAGUACAGUGCAUAGACAGCAAAAACAUGCAGGUGUAGAAGCAUGGUGGCUAGGAAAAACUCCCUAGAAAGGCCAAAACCUAGGAAGAAACCUAGAGAGGAACCAGGCUAUGUGGGGUGGCCAGUCCUCUUCUGGCUGUGCCGGGUGGAGAUUAUAACAGAACAUGGCCAAGAUGUUCAAAUGUUCAUAAAUGACCAGCAUGGUCGAAUAAUAAUAAGGCAGAACAGUUGAAACUGGAGCAGCAGCACGGCCAGGUGGACUGGGGACAGCAAGGAGUCAUCAUGUCAGGUAGUCCUGAGGCAUGGUCUUAGGGCUCAGGUCCUCCGAGAGAGAGAAAGAAAGAGAGAAUUAGAGAGAGCACACUUAAAUUCUCACAGGACACCGAAUAGGACAGGAGAAGUACUCCAGAUAUAACAAACUGACCCGAGCCCCCCGACACAUAAACUACUGCAGCAUAAAUACUGGAGGCUGCUAAGCCUAGCCAAGCCUCCGGCCAAGUUCCUAAAUGUUCUAAUAUGCUGUUACUCUGAGAUCUAAGUCCAUUAUUAGAAUCGAUGCGAAGGCGCAUUGAAGCUGACCUGGCAGGCCGUGGUGGCCUAACACCCUGUUAAGACACUCUAUAUACAGUUGAAGUCAGAAGUUUACAUACACCUUAGCCAAGAACAUUUAAACUCAGUUUUUCAAAAUUCCUGACAUUUAAUCCUAGCAAACAUUUCCCUGUCUCAGGUCAGUUAGGAUCACCACUUUAUUUUAAGAAUGUGAAAUGUCAGAAUAAUAGUAGAGAGAAUGAUUUAUUUCAGCUUCUAUUUCUUUCAUCGCAUUCCCAGUGGGUCAGCAGUUUACAUACACUCAAUUAGUAUUUGGUAGCAUUGCCAUUAAAUGGUUUAACUUGGUUCAAACGGUUCGGUUAGCCUUCCACAAGCUUCCCACAUUAAGUUUGGGGAAUUUUGGCCCAUUCCCGCUGACAGAGCUGGUGUAACUGAGUCAGGUUUGCAGGCCUCCUUGAUCGCGCACACUUUUGCAGUUCUGCCCACACAUUUUCUAUGGCAUUGAGGUCAGGGCUUUAUGAUGGCCACUCCAAUACCUUGACUUUGUUGUCCUUAAGCCAUUUUGACACAACUUUGGAAGUAUGCUUGGGGUCAUUGUCCAUUUGAAGACCCAUUUGCGACCAAGCUUCAACUUCCUGACUGAUGUCUUGAGAUGUUGCUUUAAUACAGUAUAUACACAACAUUUUCCUGCUAAAUGAUGCCAUCUAAUUUGUGAAGUGCACCAGUCCCUCCUGCAGCAAAGCACCCCCACAACAUGAUUCUGCCACCCCCAUUCUUCAAGAUUUGGAUGGUGUUCUCUUGGCUUGCAAGCGUCCCCCCUUUUCUUCCAAACAUAACGAUGGUCAUUAUGGCCAAACAGUUCUAGUUUUGUUUCAUCAGACCAGACGACAUUUCUCCAAAAAGUGUGAUCUUCAUCCCAAGUGCAGUUGCAAACCGUAGUGUGGCUUUUAUAUGGUGGUUUUGGAGCAGUGGCUUCCCUGUUGCUCAGCGACCUUUCAGGUUAUGUCGAUAUAGGACUCGUUUUACUGUGGAUAUAGAUACAACUGUACUUGUUUCCUCCAGAAUCUUCACACGGUCUGUUACUGUCGUUCUGGGAUUGAUUUGCACUUUUCGCACCAAAGUAUGUUCAUCUCUAGGAGACAGAACACGUCUCCUUCCUGAGCGGUGUGACGGCUGCAUGGUCCCAUGGUGUUUAUACUUGCACACUAUUGUUUGUAUGGAUGAACGUGGUACCUUCAGGCAUUUGGAAAUUGCUCCCAAGAAUGAACCAGACUUGUGGAGGUCUACAAUUGUCUGAUUUCUUUAGAUUUUCCCAUGAUGUCAAGCAAAGAGGCACUGAGUUUGAAGGUAUGCCUUGAAAUACAUCCACAGGUACACCUCCAAUUGACUCAAAUUAUGUCAAUUAGCCUAAUCGAAAAUUCUAAAGUUCAAUCACCACAUCCUCAUCUGCAAACUCGAUAGCCUUGGUUUCUCAAAUUGAUUGCCUCGCCUGGUUCACCAACUAUUUCUCUGAUACAGUUCAGUGUGUCAAAUCGGAGGGUCUGUUGUCCGGGCCUCUGGCAGUCUCUAUGGGGGUGCCACAGGGUUCAAUUCUUGGACCGACUCUCUUCUCUGUACAUAUCAGUGAUGCCGCUCUUGCUGCUGGUGAGUCUCUGAUCCACCUCUACGCAGACGACACCAUUCUGUAUACUUCUGGCCCUUCUUUGGACUCUGUGUUAACAACCCUCCAGACGAGCUUCAAUGCCUUACAACUCUCCUUCCAUGGCCUCCAAUUGCUCUUAAAUACAAGUAAAACUAAAUGCAUGCUCUUCAACCGAUCGCUGAAUGCACCUGCCCGUCCGUCCAACAUCACUACUCUGGACGGUUCUGUCUUAGAAUAUGUGGACAACUACAAAUACCUAGGUGUCUGGUUAGACUGUAAACUCUCCUUCCAGACUCACAUCAAACAUCUCCAAUCCAAAGUUAAAUCUAGAAUUGGCUUCCUAUUUCGCAAACAAAGCCUCCUUCACUCAUGCUGCCAAACAUACCCUUGUAAAACUGACCAUCCUACCGAUCCUCGACUUCAGCGACGUCAUUUUCAAAAUAGCCUCCAAUACCCUACUCAAUAAAUUGGAUGCAGUCUAUCACAGUGCCAUCCGUUUUGUCACCAAAGCCCCAUAUACUACCCACCACGCUCUUGUUGGCUGGCCCUCGCUUCAUGCUCAUCACCAAACCCACUGGCUCCAGGUCAUCUACAAGACCCUGCUCGAUGUUCGAGUCCACCUCCCAUACCACUGGCGCCAUCAGCCUCGAGGCGGGAAGGAUGGGAGUAGCCUCGGUGGACCGAUCCUCCAUGUCGUAAAGGCGGGACAGUGCGUCAGCCUUUACGUUCUGGGAGCCCGGUCUAUAUGACAACGUAAAACGGAAUCGGGUGAAGAAUAUGGCCCACCUUGCCUGACGUGGGUUCAGUCUCCUAGAUUCUGGUGGUUGGUCCAGAUGAGAAAGGGAUGCUUAGCCCCCUCAAACCAGUGUCUCCACACCUUCAGAGUCCUGACCACCGCUGACAACUCCCGGUCCCCCACAUCAUAGUUACGCUCCUCUGGACUGAGCUUCCUCGAAAAGAAAGAGUUUUGGUGGCAUACCCGAGCGCUGUGAUAGCACGGCAGCCACCGCAGUCCCAGACGCGUCCACCUCCACUAUGAAUGCUAGAGAGGGGUCCGGGUGCGCCAACACGGGUGCAUCCGUGAACAGCGCCUUAAACCUUUUGAAAGCUCUGUCCGCUUCUGCUGACCACUGCAAACGCACCAGGCCCCCCUUCAGCAGUGAGGUAAUGGGAACCGCUACCUGGCCAAAACCCUGGAUAAACCUCCGGUAGUAGUUGGCAAAAUCAAAAACCGCUGCACCUCCUUUACCGUUGUCAGAGUCGGCGAAUUAUGCACGGCCUUAAUGCGGUCACAUUCCAUCACCACCCCCGAGGUGGAAAUGCGAUAACCCAGGAAGGAGAUGGCUCAUUUGGAGAACACACACUUCUCAGCCUUGACGUAUAGGUCAUGCUCCACCAGUCUACCAAGCACCUUGCGUACCAGAGACACAUGUGCGGCGCGGGUGGCUGAGUAGAUCAGAAUGUUAUCGAUAUAAUCAACCACGCUCUGCCCAUGCAGGUCCCUGAGAAUCUCGUCUACAAAGGAUUGAAGAAUGGCUGGAGCAUUCUUUAACCCAUACGGCAUGACGAGGUACUCAUAGUGGCCCGAUGUGGUACUAAACGCGGUUUUCCACUCGUCUCCAUCCCGAAUACGCACCAGACUAUACUCGCUCCUGAGAUCCAGUUUUGUGAAGAACUGUGCUCUGUGAAAUGAUUCCACCGCUGUAGCGAUGAGAGGUAGUGGAUAACUAAACCCCACUGUGAUGGCAUUUAAAGCCAGAAAUCUUGCUUGUUUGUAGGUGACCAAAUACUUAUUUUCCACCAUAAUUUGCAAAUAAAUUAUUUUAAAAAUCUA